AUGACGUUGCUCCAGCGAAAAGGCAUCGACUUGAGGCAGUGCUUCCUGCAUUUGCAAGCUGACAACUGCUCUCGUGAGUUGAAAAACAACACGAUGCUGCGCCUGGCCGCGUCCAUGGUGGCACUUCACCGCCUGAAAGGGAAGCACUUCCUGGCCCUCUACAGCAGCAACGCUCAUGUCAAAGGCAUCGGCGGACUUCAUCGAGAUGACUUGGACGAUAGGUUCUGGCGCCGCCGCGCCGCACCUCACAGUCCUUCCGAUGUCGUUCUAAGGACCAAACAGUUCAUGAGCGAUGAGAAUUGGCAGCCCAUGAAGUUUCUCUACAUGCCAGCGCAGGCGGCCGCCGAGAUGGCUGCCGCACAGUGUCCGCCAGGCGAGCGCCUGUUUUUGCACGUGUUUUAG